AAAAGCGAGUAGGGUAAAGCGAGAAGGUGAGGGAGGGGGAGGGCCAGCGCGAGAGUUUGUGAGCCUGUGACACCGAUAUGUUCAUGAUCAUUCGAGAGACGCCCGCUGCAGGAGGAGCUCCUGGAGGGAUGAGCACGCCACAGGAGAGGAGUGCAAAGCAGGUGCAGGCUGCCAUCAAGAAAAAAGUGGAGAAGCAGAGGAAGAGACACAGUGAGCACGGCGGGGACCCUGCAGACACCCACGCAGGCGUGCCUCAGCCUGCACGGCAGAAGGGAACCAGCCGAGUGUCCCAGCUGGCAGCAACAGAGGACCAGGAGAUGCUGGAGGAGAGGCUGGAGAAGAUGAUGGAGGGAACACAAAGGAUGAAGAAGGAGCAAGCGGAGGAGGCAGAGCCUGUAGACCUGCUGCCCAUCGUGGCGUCUGUGUUUGGACAGGACAGAGAGUUGAGACCAGAGGAGAUUGAAGAGCUCCGUGAAGCAUUUGUGGAGUUUGAUAAGAAUAAGGACGGCUACAUCAGUCACAAGGACCUGGGGGAGUGUAUGAGGACGAUGGGCUACAUGCCCACAGAAAUGGAGCUCAUUGAACUGAGCCAACAGAUCUGUGGAGGAAAAGUGGACUUUGAGGACUUUGUGGAGCUGAUGGGGCCUAAGAUGCUGGCAGAGACAGCAGACAUGAUCGGAGUCAAAGAAUUGCGAGAUGCAUUCAAAGAGUUUGACUCUAACGGUGACGGUCAGAUCAGUUUACCAGAGUUGCGUGAGGCCAUGAAGAAGCUGAUGGGUGAACAAGUAACCGGCAGAGAGAUAACCGAGAUCCUGCAAGAUGUUGACCUCAACGGAGACGGCCUGGUAGACUUCGAGGAGUUUGUGAGAAUGAUGUCACGCUGAUCUGAUCAGCUGCCCACAUGUCACACGGAGAGAUGUCAUGCAACUGCUGGAUUCCAGGACAUAAAACGUUGUUGU